UUUCUUUUACUUUUCUUUUCUUUUUUUUUAAAAAAAAAAUGAGCUGGAGUAGUAGUUUUACACAAACAUAUGUAGAUCCUCAAUACUUAAUAGAAGCUGAACAGCAAGUGGAUGCUUUUAUGGGGAUGUUUAAUAGGAUCAUGGCAGCAUGUCAGGAUAAAUGCAUCCCUAAUAACUAUCAUGAACCUGAUUUAAAUAAAGGAGAACAAAAAUGUAUAGAUCGCUGCGUUGCAAAAUAUAUGUCAAUACAAACUAUGAUAGGUGAACGAAUGAAAGAUAUGGUGCCUAUAACACAACAAAACAACAGAUUUCCAACCAAUGAUACACCCUCUCUUUAGAAAUAACAUGAUAUUAUAGACAGUGAAGAUAUACACAUAAAUAUAUAUAUAUAUAUAUAUAUAU